AAAGCAGAGAAAUUGAAAACCUUCUAUUACAAUUCCAAUUGUUCUUCAUAUUUAGAAAGUGAGUCUGAAGAUAGUUCAGAUGAUGAACCUUUAAUUAAAAAACUGAAGAAACCACCCACAGAUGAAGAAGUGAAGGAAACUGUCAAGAACUUGUUGGCCAAUGCAAACUUGGAGGAGGUCACAAUGAAACAAAUUUGCAAGGAGGUCUAUGAAAAAUAUCCUAGUUAUGAUUUAUCUGACAGAAAAGACUUCAUUAAAAAAACAGUCAAAGAGUUGAUCUCAUGAUCUGAUUUGACUGUGGGCAAUGAAGAUUCCUGGUUUAAUGUUCCCAUGGAUUUGAAGAUCUGAUAGGCACCAGCAAAAAGAAUGUGUCUUACCCUCACGGUAUUUAGUCAGAGCUAAUUCUGCUGAUCUAAUGUUAAGAGUGUUAAUGUAAAUUGCUUUGUGUAUCUUUUUUUUUCUUUUUAAACAGAACUGCAUUUGAUGCAAUUUUUAGUUGAACAUACUUAAGUUUCAUGCAUGGCAGUAAAUGUUCCCUUUUUUAUAGUUUUGUACAUUUUGAAUUGCGUUGUAUAACUAGAUUCAUUAGAAGCCAUCAUAGCUUUUUAGAGUGGAUUACUAGCUUGCAGGAGACUUUAAAAUCAAGUAAGAUGAAAGCUGCUUAUCUACACGUUUACAUGCAGAGACUGGAAUAUUGCAGUAUUGGUUGCAAAGAUAUUCUGAAGACAUAUUCAUUCUGAAAAUAAUAAGAGUUAAUCACAUGUUAAUCUCUUAUAUUCUGAUACAUUCUACAGGUGCAGAAUUAUUCUGAAUAUAGAUUACAGUCUUGCAUGUGUAGGCAUUGAGAGAACUAUCAAAGCGUGGUAUCUAAUUGGCAUAUAGAUGUUAUUUUUGUACUUUCAAAAGGCUUUUUGUUGUGUAUAUAAAGUUAUUUUAAGUUGCUUUAUGCAAAUCAACUUUUUAAUCUUGUUGUCUUUGAAUUUGUGACAUGAAAUGUCAAUGUUCAGCAGUGAGGCGUUGAUGGAAAGUGGUAUGCAGAAGUUUCAUGAAGUUACAAAUGAGCCGAGGUUUCACCAUGUUUGUCCCAUCUUACCUUGUACAGAAACUAAACUGUAAUUUUAUACCUGUAGUUUAACUUUGUACAAAGACUACAGACAUUGUUUCAGUGUCUUGGAUGUAAUAAAUAAAAUCCCUCCAAAGCUGAUAGGAAAAUUUCUAAAGUUCACUUCGCAAAAAAUCUUCUACGUGAGCAUCUUGACUUGGUGACCCAGCAUCUCUCAGAAGUAGGUAUCUGACAUGUACAGCUGGGAGGCUUUGACAGCUUUGGAAAUCCACAGUGGCGCUUCCGAAUCAGACAGCGCUGAUGUACCUAUGCGUGGUUAACCUCAGGCUUUUCUGAACCUGAGCCUUGGUGCCUCAACAUGGACAAUGGUACUUUUAAGCCUGCAGUCCUGAACUUUGGCUGGCAGCUUUUAGGAUCGAAGUGAACUCGUUGCAUAAGUUUUUAUUGUUUGGGUUUUCUCUCCUCUACACCUUGUUGCUGAUAUGGGAAGUCUUACACUUAAAAUCAUGAAACUAAGAGUUGUCGAAAUGUGGGCUGCCAUUAACACCACGAGCACAGACUCCCUCUGACUAGUAUUGCUGGAAAGACAAAGUGUAUUUUUCUGAAUUUUGUUAUUGUACAGUUGAGAAAUAAGGGUUCAUACAUGAUCUAAAUUCUGAAAUUGUUCAGCCAGUUAGACUGUUCAUCUUCACAGACUUCUGAAUUUCUUUAUGUGUAAUCAUUUAUAAUAAGGCUGAAUGUAACGGGGAUUUUUUGUAUUCAAUAAAUGACUUUCACAAAAAUGUAAA